AUGAAGUCCCACAAGACAGCCAGUCCACAGAAGACAGCCAGUCAACACAAUACAGCCAGCCCACACAACAGAUCCAGCCCACACAAGACAGCCAGCCCACAAGACAGACAGCCCACAAGACAGACAGCCCACAAGACAGUCAGCUCACACAAGCCACCCCACACAAGACAGCCAGCCCACAAGACAGCCAGCCCACAAGACAGCCAGCCCACAAGACAGCCAGCCCACAAGACAGCCAGCCCACAAGACAGACAGCCCACAAGACAGACAGCCCACAAGACAGUCAGCUCACACAAGCCACCCCACACAAGACAGCCAGCCCACAAGACAGCCAGCUCACACAAGCCACCCCACAAAAGACAGCCAGCCCACAAGACAGCCAGCCCACAAGACAGCCAGCCCACAAGACAGCCAGCCCACAAGACAGCCAGCCCACAAGACAGCCAGCCCACAAGACAGCCAGCCCACAAGACAGCCAGCCCACAAGACAGCCAGCUCACACAAGCCACCCCACACAAGACAGCCAGCCCACAAGACAGCCAGCUCACACAAGCCACCCCACACAAGACAGCCAGCCCACACAAGCCACCCCACACAAGACAGCCAGCCCACAAGGCAGCCAGCCCAAAAGCCAGCCAGCCCACAAGACAGCCAGCCCACAAGACAACCAACCCACAGAAGACAACCAACCCACAGAAGACAGCCAGCGCACAAGACAGCCAGCCCACAAGACAGCCAACCCACAAGACAGCCAGUCCACAAGACAGCCAGCCCACAAAACACCCAGCUCACACAAGCCACCCCGCAGAAGACAGCCAGCCCACACAAGACAGCCAGCCCACAAGACAGCCAGCCCACAAGACAGCCAACCCACAAGACAGCCAGCCCACACAAGACAGCCAGCCCACAAGACAGCCAGCCCACAAGACAGCCAGCCCGCAAGACAGACCAGCCCACAAGACAGCCAGCCCACAAGACAGCCAGCCCACAAGGCAGCCAGCCCAAAAAACAGCCAGCCCACAAGACAGCCAGCCCACAAGACAACCAACCCACAGAAGACAGCCAGCGCACAAGACAGCCAGCCCACAAGACAGCCAGCCCACAAGACAGCCAGCUCACACAAGCCACCCCACACAAGACAGCCAGCCCACAAGACAGCCAGCGCACAAGACAGCCAGCCCACAAGACAGUCAGCCCACAAGACAGCCAGCGCACAAGACAGCCAGCCCACAAGACAGCCAGCCCACAAGACAGCCAGCUCACACAAGCCACCCCACACAAGACAGCCAGCCCACAAGACAGCCAGCCCACAAGGCAGCCAGCCCAAAAGACAGCCAGCCCACAAGACAGCCAGCCCACAAGACAGCCAGCCCACAAGACAGCCAGUCCACAGAAGACAACCAACCCACAGGUGACAACCAGCCCACAAGACAGCCAACCCACAGAAGACAACCAACCCACAGAAGACAGCCAGCGCACAAGACAGCCAGCCCACAAGACAACCAGCUCACACAAGCCACCCCACACAAGACAGCCAGCCCACAAGACAGCCAGCCCACAAGACAGACAGCCCACAAGACAGCCAGCCCACAAGACAGACAGCCCACAAGACAGCCAGCCCACAAGACAGCCAGCCCACAAGACAGCCAGCUCACACAAGCCACCCCACACAAGGCAGCCAGCCCAAAAGACAGUAAGCCCACAAGACAGCCAGCCCACAAGACAGCCAGCCCACAAGACAGUCAGCCCACAAGACAGCCAGCCCACAAGACAGCCAGCCCACAAGACAGCCAGCCCACCAGACAGCCAGCCCACAAGACAGCCAGCCCACAAGACAGACCAGCCCACCGAAGACAGCCAGCCCGCAAGACAGACCAGCCCACAAGACAGACAGCCCACAAGACAGCCAGCCCGCAAGACAGACGAGCCCACAAGACAGACAGCCCACAAGACAGCCAGCCCACAAGAUAG